UCAUAGCAGCAGGCUGACAUAGAGGGACAGAGGAGGCUGGGUUCACUUGCCUUCACCCCCCUUCAUUCCUGUGCACCCGCUCAUUCUUUGUCGCUCACUUUGCUUUGCUAACGCAUCCUGACGAUUCAGCACGAGGAGGAAACCGCGAUAAACGGACAAGGGACGUUCUAAGACACGCUACAAGAAUAAAGCUAAACUAAUGGAGGACAUGGAAGAUGAUGCUUCCUCUGCUGGAGUUGACAUUCUCUUCAUUAAAGAAGAUGACAGAGAUCCAAACAGAAGCAUCGUGGAACACAGAGAAGGCAACACGACCCAGUCUGGACUCAGCUUUACUCGAGUACAGCUGAAUCCGUCAGCUUUAAUCGGGCCGUACUUACAGGAGAUGGACGACUUGUUGAAGAGCUGCGAGGAGCUCACUGGACUCCCCUUUACCUCUCGCUUCUCAGGAAAUCAGGACACGGACGAAGUGACGAUGAAGAGCUACACAGGAAUAAACGCACCUCCCCAGACAUAUCCGUCCUCGAGCUACAUUGAUACGCACGUGCAUGGAGCUGGAUCAAAAAGCACAGGCACCGCCAACAACAGGAAGACAGACAUGCCUCUGACUUCAGCAGGCAAAGCACUGAGUGAAACCAUGGUGCAGGUUGAGGGCCAGCUGCUGGGGAUGUUGGCCAUGAUGGACAGCUCCGUGGAAGACACAAGGAUGGAUUUUGAGUCCCAAGGCUGGACUACAGACACAAGCCAAGAAUAUGUGCACAUCGGUCCGAACCCUCAUGUCAGCAGGGAAAGAGAGAGUCAGGAGGCCCAGCCAAUGCAGCUAGAACGCACAGAUCAUGACACCACUUCAAAGAACAGCAGUUUCAAAGCAGAGCAGAAGGAUCUAGAUGCACUUACAUUUUCUAGGCCUACGAAGCCAUUAGAUACUGAAGAAAGUGAUGCAAUGUGCUGUGAAGGAACAAAGACAGAAUAUAUGUUUACUAUAGGCACAGAGGCAGAAGUAGACAUAUGUGAAACACACAUGCCAGAUCAACAGGAUGUCACGAUGGACAUGACCCUUCUCAGAUCUGGUGCCGAUGAACUACAAGGGCUGGAGGCUCAGAUGGAGGCGUGCAUAGAAGGUGUGCAGCUGCUAUAUGAGAAGAGGAAGAAGCUGCUGGUGGAGGUGCUGGAGCUGAGAGGGGAAAAAGACAGAGGGGCCACCGAAGAGAGCAAUGAGGAGACAGAGGAGGCGAUAAAUGGCAAAGUGACAGAGCUGAUGAAUGUGCUGCAGAAGGAGGAAGAGGCGAGAAGGGAAGAGAGGAAGAGGGAGAUACACAACCUGAAGGAAGAGAGAGCCGAGGAAGAGAGGAGGGUGUGGAAGAUCAACCUGGAGAGACAGGGGCUUCAGGACGAGCUGAGGAAGAUGAGGAGAAGGCUCUUCAUCGUGGCCAGGGACUGUGCUCACAGCCAGGCCACGCUCAACAGCCAGCAUCGCGCAGUGCAGCUGCUGAAGACAGAAGACGAGCAGCUGCAGGCCGUGGCUUUGCAGCUGACGGAAGAAGGCUGUCAGAUCAGGACGACGCAACAAAAGCUGCUCUUGGAACUACAAGCACGACUUGAUGCCCACAGCUCGGGUCAGACGCCCAACACCCAGGAGGAGUUGACCGAGUGCAGGAGGCACUCCUGUGGGGACAUCCAGCAGUAUGUGCAGGGUGUGCUGAGAGCCCUGGAGGACAGGUAUGAACCCAUAUUGCUGGCGCUGUUGAAGAGGAGGGAGGCAGCAGCUGCGGCGCUGGUGAAAGCCAAAGAGCAGGCUCAGGAGCUGAAGGCACAGCUGGGACCUCUUACGGAGGAGGCCCAAAAGCUGAAGCUGCAGAAAGCUUGUCUGGAGGAGAAGUUCAAACUGAUCCGCAUGCACUGGAGAGAGGACGUGGGCCAGUAUAAGGAAACGGUGUGCUGUCUGGAGGAGAGGAGCAGGGAGCUGAAGACAGAGCUUAAGAUUCAGAAGAAGAAAACCAAGGAGACCGAGGGGUUGAGAGACAGCCUCGCCAAACAGCUCCGCCUUUACAUGGCUGCAACUGAGGAGCACAGCGUCUGAGCAUGAGGACACAACUUGAGCUUGUUUUUUAAAAUGUUGUUGCUUAUAAUGAUAUAUAUUUUUUAAAUCUGCAGCAUAAUGCCAAUAAUUGCACUACGCACUUACUGAGGUUGAGAGCCACAGGAUUUAUUAGCAGUCUGAAGCUGAAUAACACUUCUGCUUGUAGAAAGGUUUUUUGUUAUGAAUAAGAUUACAAGAAGGCUUAUGCUUCUUGUGAUCUGAGUGCGACUGAUGACUUAACUUAAGUGGCCAAGGACCAGCGAGCUGCUCGUGCACUUAUAAGGGCAACGCAGCUGAAGACGUAAACAGUGGGAGGCAGUGAGAGUAAACAAGCUCUGCAGACAGACGCGUCACACCAGACAAAAACCCAGGGAUUGAUCACAGCAUGAUGUAUAAUAAACACCUGCUUCACUAACAUUAUAUGUAGGGGUAAAGUAAUUGCAACGGUAUAAAUAAAAAUGUAAAUGGCUUGAAACAAAAUCCUCUGAAAAACUGGUCUUGAUCUAACGUUUUGGUUAGGAUGAUGGCCAUAAUCAGCACCUUUUUUUUAGCCGGUCUUACUUGCUGUUGAAUAUGUCAGACAUGACAUUAGCAGUGGCUCAUUAAGUUUAAAUUGUUAUCAGCAAAGUACUGAUUCAGGCAACAUGGUGAACAUUAUGGAGAGUUCUGUUUCAAUCGUGAUUAACUACAGCAAAUUAACUUCUUUUCAGUUGUUGUUUUGAAAUUCUAGGAGAAGUCAAAAAUCCUGACUGACUGUGUGAUUUCGAUUACUCUUCACAUAGAAAAUGGGGUACAAUUAACUUUGUUAUAAAACAAGAUGAUGUCACCAGUAAGUGAGAAACAAAAACUAGGCACUGGUGGAUUGAUUGAUACUAAGCAGUAAUGCAGGAGGGCAAUCCUCAGUAUUAUCUGGUCAUCUUUUCCCCAGUUACACAGAUUCUAUUUAGAAUAGACAAAGGU